UCCGGUUCAACAUGGGGACCAAAGAACUACGAUCCACGUUAUGGCUCGUCUAUGUGGCGCUGCUCGUCUGCUCCCUGACCGAGGAUGUUAAAGGCUCUCACAUCGACCACGUGUGCACCACGUGGGGAAACUUCCACUGGAAGACGUUCGAUGGCGAGUUCUUCACCCUGCCGACAUCCUGUCAACACGUCCUGGUGUCACAGUGUAAAGAAACCUACGAGACCUUCAACAUUCAGAUGACACGCUCCACACUAAACAACGUGACCGCCAUCAGCAGGAUCAUCAUGAAGCUGGACGGGGUUGUCAUGGAGAUGAGCAACGGGUCUGUGAAGGUCGACGGCCAGGCGGUCAAAUUGCCGUUCAUCAAGUAUGGCGUGUCGGUGACGAGUACCUCGUCCAGUAUCUUCGUAGACUCCGGUCUGGGAAUCAAAGCCAUCUGGAACCUGGAUGACUCGCUGGAUAUCGAAAUGGAUGAAAAAUACAGGAACCAGACGUGUGGACUCUGUGGAGACUUUGAUGGCAUAGCCAAUGGGUUCGUAGAUAAUGGUGCUCCAAUAUCAGUGACUGACUUUGCCGAGACCUACAAGGUGAGCACUCCAGGGGAAACCUGUAAGGUGGAAGAGCAGGUCCAGGUCCAGAUCUGUGGGAGUAAGGCCUUCUGUGAGAAUCUGUUCACCAGCGCUCCAUUCAGCGGCUGCAAAGAUCUGUUGGAUAACAGCGCCUUCGUUAAAAUCUGUAUGGCUGAUAACUGUUUCAAUGUGAACAACACUUACCCUAUGCUCUGCAAAACCGUCUCCGAGUACUCCAGACAGUGUGUCCAUGCAGGCGGCACGCCCCAACAAUGGAGGAAUCCAAAUUUUUGUGAAAAGUCAUGUCCAUUCAACAUGGAGUUUAUUGAGUGUGGCAGUUCGUGUCCUGACACGUGCUCCACACCUCAGGUCAGCAAAACAUGUGACAAACACUGCCAAGACGGCUGCAGCUGCCCUAACGGAACAAUCUUUGAUGACAUCGGUAAAACUGGCUGUGUGGCAGUGGAUCAGUGUCCAUGUCUACACAACAAGCAGGUCUACAUGCCGGGACAGUCCUAUUAUCACAACUGCAGAUCCUGUGUGUGUAUGAAUGGUCGGUGGAAAUGCACAGAGGAAAACUGUCCAGGAACCUGCUCUGUGAUGGGAGGAGCUCACAUCAGUACCUUUGAUGGCAAAGACUACACCUUCCAUGGAGACUGCUCCUAUGUUCUAACAAUGCAAGGUAAAGGCUCUUCAUUCACGGUGCUGGUGGACCUGGAACAGUGUGGUGCUUCAGAGCGUAAAACCUGCCUCAGAGCUGUGACUGUGGCCUUAAACAACAAUGCUAUGGUGAUGGAAAUCCAUUCAUCUGGGAGAGUUCAGAUGAACCAGAUUCGCUCUGAGCUUCCGCUGUUGAACUCGGAGCUCAUAGCAUUUAAGCAGUCAUCCUUCUACAUCUUCGUCAAGAUCAAGAUGGGCCUCAGGAUUGUAAUCCAGCUGAGCCCCAGAAUGCAGGUCUUCAUCACAGUGGAUGCAUCCAUCAGAGGAACCACUUCCGGUUUGUGCGGGAACUUCAACAACAAAAUAAAUGAUGACUUCAUGGGGAUUUCUGGUCUGGUGGAGGGCACCGCUGCUGCAUUUGUUAACACUUGGAAAACCAAAGCCAGCUGCCCCGACAUAUCUACGAGCUUUGUACAUCCCUGUAACCAGGGCAUCAACACGGAGAGCUUUGCACGGUAUUGGUGUUACAAACUGAUAGAUCCCAAAGAAGUGUUUGCACCGUGCCACCACGCCGUCGACCCUAACUCAUACAAAGACCGGUGCAUGUAUGACAGCUGUAACAGUGAUACAAGUGAGGACUGCAUGUGUACUGCUGUCUCUGCUUAUGUGUUUGCCUGCUCAGUGGCAGGAAUCCAUCUCAGUGGCUGGAGGAAAAACAUCUGUCAAUACACAACAUGUCCAGUGAACACAGUCUAUCAGUACAACAUGACCAGCUGUCACCGAACAUGCAGAUUCUUGGGCCAAGUGGACCACUCCUGCCAGGCCAGCUUCACCACAGUGGACGGCUGCGGCUGUGCCGAGGGAACCUACAUGAAUGACAAGGGAACAUGUGUGCCCAGUGAAGACUGCCCUUGCUAUGAAAAAGAUGAAGUUAUUCCUGCUGGACAAAUUGUGUCGAAAAAUGGCCACAUUUGUAACUGCAGACAUGGAGCUCUCAGCUGCUCAGGAAGGCCACAAGAAGUCAGCCCACCAAAAUGCUUUUCCCCCAUGGUUUACUUUAACUGCUCCAGUGCUCAACCUGGAGAAUCUGGGACUGAGUGUGAGAGGAGCUGCAACAACCUGGACAUGGCUUGUGUGAAUACAGGCUGUACAUCAGGCUGCAUGUGUCCUAAAGGCCUGGUGUCAGACGGACAAGGAGGCUGUGUGACAGAGAACAACUGUCCGUGUGUGCACAAUGGACAGGUGUUCCAUGCAGGACAAACUCUGACUGUGGACUGCAACACCUGUACCUGCCAGAACAGGAAGUUCAUAUGUACCAACAACGUGUGUGAUGCUGUUUGUGAUAUCUAUGGCGACGGGCACUACACCACGUUUGAUGAUAAGAAAUUUGACUUCAAUGGACAGUGUGAAUACACACUCCUCCAGAGCAUGUGCAAUGGGGCUCAGGGUAAUAAUACCCUCCAGAUCAUCACAGAAAACGUUGCAUGUGGAAGUUUGGGAACAACCUGCUCCAAGACCAUUAAGAUCCUGUUGGGGGAGAAUGAAUUCCAUCUAAAAGACGCCAACUUCCACGUGAUUAAGGGCAGCAGCAAGGUGUUCCCUGAACAGAUGCACAAGAUGGGUAUUUACAUGGUGGUGACCAUCAAGCCAGGACUGGUGCUCAUGUGGGACCAGAAGACCAGUCUUUUCAUUAAAGUCAGCCCACAGUUCCAGGGCAAAGUCUGCGGUCUGUGUGGAAACUAUGAUGGCAACAGUCAGAACGACUUCACCACCCGGUCCCUGGACGUAGUGGCAGACGUUCUUGAGUUUGGUAACAGUUGGAAGGUUUCCUCCAACUGCCCAAACGCCCAAUCAAUCAAAGAUCCCUGUGCCUCCAAUGGUUACAGGGCAUCCUGGGCCAAGAGACAAUGUAGCAUCAUCAACAGUGUCACUUUCAGCAGCUGCCAUUCACAAGUGGAUCCUGGUCCUUACUACGAAUCUUGUGUAAGAGACUCUUGUGCAUGUGACUCUGGAGGAGACUGUGAGUGUUUCUGCACAGCAGUGGCUGCCUAUGCUAAAACUUGUAAUGAAGUCGAUGCCUGUGUUAAAUGGAGGACUCCAAAAAUAUGCCCUAUAUUCUGUGACUAUUAUAAUGCCCCUGGUGGUUGUGAGUGGCAUUACAAGCCUUGUGGAGCUCACUGCAUGAAGACAUGUAGAAACCCAUCAGGAAUCUGUUCCAACCUCACUACUGCCCUGGAAGGCUGCUAUCCACAGUGUCCCAUUACCCACCCCUACUUUGACGAAGACUCCAUGAAAUGUGUUGCAUGGCGCCAAUGUGGCUGCUUUGAUGACAUGGGCAACCAUUACAACCUUGACGAAAAGAUUCCAUCAAAGAACUGCGACACUUGUCUCUGUACAACGGUUGGAAUAAAGUGCAACUAUGAUGUCAAGAGCUGUAAAUGCUAUUAUGAUGGAAAAUACUUCAACUAUGGGGACAUAAUCUAUGACACUACUGAUGGGAUUGGAGGCUGCAUGAAAGCUGUGUGUGCGGCCAAUGGGACAAUAGAAAGGACAACCUACCCAUGCACAACUAUUGCCCCAACAACAACCCCCUUUACAUUCACUACAGCCAGAACCACAACUGCAGAAACUACAACUAAAGGAACCACAAAGGCUGGAGAGACAACCCCAUCAGAAGCAACAACAAAGAUUGCUGAGACAACUAAACCACCAACAGUAACCACAACUGCUCCAUCUACAGCUUCCACCACACCUGUUGUUGAAACAACAACCUCAUUGCAGAGAGAAACAACAACCAAGCCAGGAGAGACAACAGUUGUCACAUCAAAGCCCUCUGUUGUUACCACAACUACCAAAGCACCAGAAACUACAACUAAAGGAACCACAAAGGCUGGAGAGACAACCCCAUCAGAAGUAACAACAAAGAUUGCUGAGACAACUAAACCACCAACAGUAACCACAACUGCUCCAUCUACAGCUUCCACCACACCUGUUGUUGAAACAACAACCAAGCCAGGAGAAACAACAACCAAGCCAGGAGAAACAACAGUUGUCACAUCAAAGCCCUCUGUUGUUACCACAACUACCAAAGCACCAGAAACUACAACUAAAGGAACCACAAAGGCUGGAGAGACAACCCCAUCAGAAGCAACAACAAAGAUUGCUGAGACAACUAAACCACCAACAGUAACCACAACUGCUCCAUCUACAGCUUCCACCACACCUGUUGUUGAAACAACAACCUCAUUGCAGAGAGAAACAACAACCAAGCCAGGAGAAACAACAACCAAGCCAGGAGAAACAACAGUUGUCACAUCAAAGCCCUCUGUUGUUACCACAACUACCAAAGCACCAGAAACUACAACUAAAGGAACCACAAAGGCUGGAGAGACAACCCCAUCAGAAGCAACAACAAAGAUUGCUGAGACAACUAAACCACCAACAGUAACCACAACUGCUCCAUCUACAGCUUCCACCACACCUGUUGUUGAAACAACAACCAAGCCAGGAGAAACAACAACCAAGCCAGGAGAAACAACAGUUGUCACAUCAAAGCCCUCUGUUGUUACCACAACUACCAAAGCACCAGAAACUACAACUAAAGGAACCACAAAGGCUGGAGAGACAACCCCAUCAGAAGUAACAACAAAGAUUGCUGAGACAACUAAACCACCAACAGUAACCACAACUGCUCCAUCUACAGCUUCCACCACACCUGUUGUUGAAACAACAACCAAGCCAGGAGAAACAACAACCAAGCCAGGAGAAACAACAGUUGUCACAUCAAAGCCCUCUGUUGUUACCACAACUACCAAAGCACCAGAAACUACAACUAAAGGAACAACAAAGGCUGGAGAGACAACCCCAUCAGAAGCAACAACAAAGAUUGCUGAGACAACUAAACCACCAACAGUAACCACAACUGCUCCAUCUACAGCUUCCACCACACCUGUUGUUGAAACAACAACCUCAUUGCAGAGAGAAACAACAACCAAGCCAGGAGAAACAACAACCAAGCCAGGAGAAACAACAGUUGUCACAUCAAAGCCCUCUGUUGUUACCACAACUACCAAAGCACCAGAAACUACAACUAAAGGAACCACAAAGGCUGGAGAGACAACCCCAUCAGAAGCAACAACAAAGAUUGCUGAGACAACUAAACCACCAACAGUAACCACAACUGCUCCAUCUACAGCUUCCACCACACCUGUUGUUGAAACAACAACCAAGCCAGGAGAAACAACAACCAAGCCAGGAGAAACAACAGUUGUCACAUCAAAGCCCUCUGUUGUUACCACAACUGAAACAACAACCAAGCCAGGAGAAACAACAGUUGUCACAUCAAAGCCCUCUGUUGUUACCACAACUACCAAAGCACCAGAAACUACAACUAAAGGAACCACAAAGGCUGGAGAGACAACCCCAUCAGAAGUAACAACAAAGAUUGCUGAGACAACUAAACCACCAACAGUAACCACAACUGCUCCAUCUACAGCUUCCACCACACCUGUUGUUGAAACAACAACCAAGCCAGGAGAAACAACAGUUGUCACAUCAAAGCCCUCUGUUGUUACCACAACUACCAAAGCACCAGAAACUACAACUAAAGGAACAACAAAGGCUGGAGAGACAACCCCAUCAGAAGCAACAACAAAGAUUGCUGAGACAACUAAACCACCAACAGUAACCACAACUGCUCCAUCUACAGCUUCCACCACACCUGUUGUUGAAACAACAACCUCAUUGCAGAGAGAAACAACAACCAAGCCAGGAGAAACAACAACCAAGCCAGGAGAAACAACAGUUGUCACAUCAAAGCCCUCUGUUGUUACCACAACUACCAAAGCACCAGAAACUACAACUAAAGGAACCACAAAGGCUGGAGAGACAACCCCAUCAGAAGCAACAACAAAGAUUGCUGAGACAACUAAACCACCAACAGUAACCACAACUGCUCCAUCUACAGCUUCCACCACACCUGUUGUUGAAACAACAACCAAGCCAGGAGAAACAACAACCAAGCCAGGAGAAACAACAGUUGUCACAUCAAAGCCCUCUGUUGUUACCACAACUACCAAAGCACCAGAAACUACAACUAAAGGAACAACAAAGGCUGGAGAGACAACCCCAUCAGAAGCAACAACAAAGAUUGCUGAGACAACUAAACCACCAACAGUAACCACAACUGCUCCAUCUACAGCUUCCACCACACCUGUUGUUGAAACAACAACCUCAUUGCAGAGAGAAACAACAACCAAGCCAGGAGAAACAACAACCAAGCCAGGAGAAACAACAGUUGUCACAUCAAAGCCCUCUGUUGUUACCACAACUACCAAAGCACCAGAAACUACAACUAAAGGAACCACAAAGGCUGGAGAGACAACCCCAUCAGAAGUAACAACAAAGAUUGCUGAGACAACUAAACCACCAACAGUAACCACAACUGCUCCAUCUACAGCUUCCACCACACCUGUUGUUGAAACAACAACCUCAUUGCAGAGAGAAACAACAACCAAGCCAGGAGAAACAACAACCAAGCCAGGAGAAACAACAGUUGUCACAUCAAAGCCCUCUGUUGUUACCACAACUACCAAAGCAACAGAAACUACAACUAAAGGAACAACAAAGGCUGGAGAGACAACCCCAUCAGAAGUAACAACAAAGAUUGCUGAGACAACUAAACCACCAACAGUAACCACAACUGCUCCAUCUACAGCUUCCACCACACCUGUUGUUGAAACAACAACCUCAUUGCAGAGAGAAACAACAACCAAGCCAGGAGAAACAACAACCAAGCCAGGAGAAACAACAGUUGUCACAUCAAAGCCCUCUGUUGUUACCACAACUACCAAAGCACCAGAAACUACAACUAAAGGAACCACAAAGGCUGGAGAGACAACCCCAUCAGAAGCAACAACAAAGAUUGCUGAGACAACUAAACCACCAACAGUAACCACAACUGCUCCAUCUACAGCUUCCACCACACCUGUUGUUGAAACAACAACCAAGCCAGGAGAAACAACAACCAAGCCAGGAGAAACAACAGUUGUCACAUCAAAGCCCUCUGUUGUUACCACAACUACCAAAGCACCAGAAACUACAACUAAAGGAACCACAAAGGCUGGAGAGACAACCCCAUCAGAAGCAACAACAAAGAUUGCUGAGACAACUAAACCACCAACAGUAACCACAACUGCUCCAUCUACAGCUUCCACCACACCUGUUGUUGAAACAACAACCUCCAAGCCAGGAGAAACAACAACCAAGCCAGGAGAAACAACAGUUGUCACAUCAAAGCCCUCUGUUGUUACCACAACUACCAAAGCACCAGAAACUACAACUAAAGGAACCACAAAGGCUGGAGAGACAACCCCAUCAGAAGCAACAACAAAGAUUGCUGAGACAACUAAACCACCAACAGUAACCACAACUGCUCCAUCUACAGCUUCCACCACACCUGUUGUUGAAACAACAACCUCAUUGCAGAGAGAAACAACAACCAAGCCAGGAGAAACAACAACCAAGCCAGGAGAAACAACAGUUGUCACAUCAAAGCCCUCUGUUGUUACCACAACUACCAAAGCACCAGAAACUACAACUAAAGGAACCACAAAGGCUGGAGAGACAACCCCAUCAGAAGUAACAACAAAGAUUGCUGAGACAACUAAACCACCAACAGUAACCACAACUGCUCCAUCUACAGCUUCCACCACACCUGUUGUUGAAACAACAACCAAGCCAGGAGAAACAACAACCAAGCCAGGAGAAACAACAGUUGUCACAUCAAAGCCCUCUGUUGUUACCACAACUACCAAAGCACCAGAAACUACAACUAAAGGAACAACAAAGGCUGGAGAGACAACCCCAUCAGAAGCAACAACAAAGAUUGCUGAGACAACUAAACCACCAACAGUAACCACAACUGCUCCAUCUACAGCUUCCACCACACCUGUUGUUGAAACAACAACCAAGCCAGGAGAAACAACAACCAAGCCAGGAGAAACAACAGUUGUCACAUCAAAGCCCUCUGUUGUUACCACAACUACCAAAGCACCAGAAACUACAACUAAAGGAACCACAAAGGCUGGAGAGACAACCCCAUCAGAAGCAACAACAAAGAUUGCUGAGACAACUAAACCACCAACAGUAACCACAACUGCUCCAUCUACAGCUUCCACCACACCUGUUGUUGAAACAACAACCUCAUUGCAGAGAGAAACAACAACCAAGCCAGGAGAAACAACAACCAAGCCAGGAGAAACAACAGUUGUCACAUCAAAGCCCUCUGUUGUUACCACAACUACCAAAGCACCAGAAACUACAACUAAAGGAACCACAAAGGCUGGAGAGACAACCCCAUCAGAAGUAACAACAAAGAUUGCUGAGACAACUAAACCACCAACAGUAACCACAACUGCUCCAUCUACAGCUUCCACCACACCUGUUGUUGAAACAACAACCUCAUUGCAGAGAGAAACAACAACCAAGCCAGGAGAAACAACAACCAAGCCAGGAGAAACAACAGUUGUCACAUCAAAGCCCUCUGUUGUUACCACAACUACCAAAGCACCAGAAACUACAACUAAAGGAACAACAAAGGCUGGAGAGACAACCCCAUCAGAAGCAACAACAAAGAUUGCUGAGACAACUAAACCACCAACAGUAACCACAACUGCUCCAUCUACAGCUUCCACCACACCUGUUGUUGAAACAACAACCAAGCCAGGAGAAACAACAACCAAGCCAGGAGAAACAACAGUUGUCACAUCAAAGCCCUCUGUUGUUACCACAACUACCAAAGCACCAGAAACUACAACUAAAGGAACAACAAAGGCUGGAGAGACAACCCCAUCAGAAGCAACAACAAAGAUUGCUGAGACAACUAAACCACCAACAGUAACCACAACUGCUCCAUCUACAGCUUCCACCACACCUGUUGUUGAAACAACAACCUCAUUGCAGAGAGAAACAACAACCAAGCCAGGAGAAACAACAACCAAGCCAGGAGAAACAACAGUUGUCACAUCAAAGCCCUCUGUUGUUACCACAACUACCAAAGCACCAGAAACUACAACUAAAGGAACCACAAAGGCUGGAGAGACAACCCCAUCAGAAGUAACAACAAAGAUUGCUGAGACAACUAAACCACCAACAGUAACCACAACUGCUCCAUCUACAGCUUCCACCACACCUGUUGUUGAAACAACAACCUCAUUGCAGAGAGAAACAACAACCAAGCCAGGAGAAACAACAACCAAGCCAGGAGAAACAACAGUUGUCACAUCAAAGCCCUCUGUUGUUACCACAACUACCAAAGCACCAGAAACUACAACUAAAGGAACCACAAAGGCUGGAGAGACAACCCCAUCAGAAGCAACAACAAAGAUUGCUGAGACAACUAAACCACCAACAGUAACCACAACUGCUCCAUCUACAGCUUCCACCACACCUGUUGUUGAAACAACAACCUCAUUGCAGAGAGAAACAACAACCAAGCCAGGAGAGACAACAACCAAGCCAGGAGAAACAACAGUUGUCACAUCAAAGCCCUCUGUUGUUACCACAACUACCAAAGCACCAGAAACUACAACUAAAGGAACCACAAAGGCUGGAGAGACAACCCCAUCAGAAGUAACAACAAAGAUUGCUGAGACAACUAAACCACCAACAGUAACCACAACUGCUCCAUCUACAGCUUCCACCACACCUGUUGUUGAAACAACAACCAAGCCAGGAGAAACAACAACCAAGCCAGGAGAAACAACAGUUGUCACAUCAAAGCCCUCUGUUGUUACCACAACUACCAAAGCACCAGAAACUACAACUAAAGGAACAACAAAGGCUGGAGAGACAACCCCAUCAGAAGCAACAACAAAGAUUGCUGAGACAACUAAACCACCAACAGUAACCACAACUGCUCCAUCUACAGCUUCCACCACACCUGUUGUUGAAACAACAACCAAGCCAGGAGAAACAACAACCAAGCCAGGAGAAACAACAGUUGUCACAUCAAAGCCCUCUGUUGUUACCACAACUACCAAAGCACCAGAAACUACAACUAAAGGAACCACAAAGGCUGGAGAGACAACCCCAUCAGAAGUAACAACAAAGAUUGCUGAGACAACUAAACCACCAACAGUAACCACAACUGCUCCAUCUACAGCUUCCACCACACCUGUUGUUGAAACAACAACCUCAUUGCAGAGAGAAACAACAACCAAGCCAGGAGAGACAACAACCAAGCCAGGAGAAACAACAGUUGUCACAUCAAAGCCCUCUGUUGUUACCACAACUACCAAAGCACCAGAAACUACAACUAAAGGAACAACAAAGGCUGGAGAGACAACCCCAUCAGAAGCAACAACAAAGAUUGCUGAGACAACUAAACCACCAACAGUAACCACAACUGCUCCAUCUACAGCUUCCACCACACCUGUUGUUGAAACAACAACCAAGCCAGGAGAAACAACAACCAAGGUUGUUACCACAACUACCAAAGCACCAGAAACUACAACUAAAGGAACCACAAAGGCUGGAGAGACAACCCCAUCAGAAGCAACAACAAAGAUUGCUGAGACAACUAAACCACCAACAGUAACCACAACUGCUCCAUCUACAGCUUCCACCACACCUGUUGUUGAAACAACAACCAAGCCAGGAGAAACAACAACCAAGCCAGGAGAAACAACAGUUGUCACAGAGACAACAACCAAGCCAGGAGAAACAACAACCAAGCCAGGAGAAACAACAGUUGUCACAUCAAAGCCCUCUGUUGUUACCACAACUACCAAAGCACCAGAAACUACAACUAAAGGAACCACAAAGGCUGGAGAGACAACCCCAUCAGAAGCAACAACAAAGAUUGCUGAGACAACUAAACCACCAACAGUAACCACAACUGCUCCAGUAACAACCACUGUCCAUCCUUUAAAUACAACAACAGGCGGAGUAGUCACUGGAACAUCAACAACAACAACUGUAAUUUCUCAACCUGUUGUAAACGCAACUACUGUGACUCCAACAGUAACUACAGCAUCCACCUCUAUAGUUACAACCACUAUUGGCCCGAUAACAAAGACUCUUCCAGGCACCACAACUGUUAUCACAACUGGUUUGUCUUCUACUGAGGAAAUUGUUACUACAAUCCUGGCAACAACAUCACUGCCUACCCCCAGUACAACACCAUGUUACUGCAUUUCGAAUGGAACAUCACAUCAACCUGGAGAAAUGCUGUAUAAUGUCACCGACAGUGCAGGGUGGUGUUUUGUUGCGUACUGCAAUUCUUCUUGUAAAGUUGAGACACAGUCCAGUCCAUGUCCUACACAACCACCAACAGGCACCACCACAGUCUCAGUCUCAGGAACCCCAUCACAACCCAAGGACUGCAUCUAUAUGAAUCAAACAAUGCAGAAUAAAGAAACUGUGAUGAUUGACAACUGCACCAUCAUUGCUAUCUGCGAAAAUGGCACGGUAAUAAAAAAACCUUAUACCUGUCCACAAGAAGAACCACUCAUCUGUACCAAUGGACGUAAAGCAGUUAAGGUCUAUGAUGAAAACAGAUGCUGCUACCACUAUGAAUGUGAAUGUGUGUGCACUGUCUUGAAUAAGGUGCAAUACAUCACAUUUGAUGGAAAAAGUUACUCUUUCCAACAGUACUGCAAUUUCUACCUGGUCAAAGAGAUAACUGAUAAAUACAAUCUGACCAUCUUGGUGGAUAAUCAAGUGUGUGAUCCCAUAGACAGCUCCUUCUGUCCCCAGGCCGUGGUUGUUUAUUUCCAGUCUUACAAGAUUGUUUUGACUAAGAUAAAGGAUGUAGGCAAUGGGGUGUACCUGAAUGACAAACGAAUCUAUCCCACCUACUCCAACUCUGAGCUGUUCUUCACUAGCACAGACGUAGCGGUCACUUUGGAAAUACCUGCCAUUAGGACUAAAGUGGACUAUAGUUUAACGUCAUUUAGCAUUUACCUUCCAAACGCUCUAUUUGGUGGGAAUACUGAGGGACAGUGUGGGACCUGUGACAACUCACAGUUCAACGACUGCCGCUCUCCAAACGGCAUCGUGGGAAACUGCUCAGCCAAUGCAGGCCAGUGGGUGGUCCCAGGUGUACCCUGUGUAGUCCCCACACAACCCUCACCAAUAACAACUACACCUGAGACCACAGCAGUCACAACACAGCUUCCCUGCAGACCGGCCAUCUGUGACCUCCUGACCAGCAGUUUAUUUGAGUCGUGCAACUCAGUCAUAUCCCCAGCAGUCUUCGUAGCAUCCUGUCGGUCAGACAUCUGCAACAAUGAAAAUUUCACCUGCUCAAGCCUGGCGGCGUACGCUUCCGAGUGCUCCAACAAAGGAAUCUGUAUUGACUGGAGGAAUGCCACCAACGGGCUGUGUGAGCACAAGUGUCCAGACAACAAAGUGUACAAAGCCUGCGGCCCUGCUGUGGAGAAAACAUGCAAUUACAGAUACAACAACUUGUACCAUGCAGGAUCCGCUCUACUCACUAAUGACACUAAAGAGGGUUGCUUCUGUCCUGAAGGCACCACCUUAUUUAACAAUGUCUAUGAAACAUGUGUCUCCUCUUGUGAUUGUACAGGACCUGAUGGGAAACCAAAAAUGCCCGGUGAAACAUGGACAAGUGGCUGUAAGACCUGUGUCUGCGACAAGGACUCCAUGAGCGUCCAGUGUGAUCCCACUCCAUGCCAAACCAUGCCGAUCCCCGACUGCAGCGACCCCGGCUAUAAGCUAGUCACGAAGACAGACGGCUGUUGCUCGCAAUAUUCAUGUGAAUGUGACGCAAACAUGUGUCCUAUUCCAAUGACCUGUCCGCUGGGCUUUGAACUGACAUACACAAAUGGCACCUGCUGCAAAUCCUACAAGUGUGAACCUAAAGGUGUAUGUGUCUAUGAAGGUACUGAGUACAUGCAAGGUCAAAAAAUCCCAACACCUGGUUCACCAUUAGAAACAACAACAACAUCCUCACCAACACUAUCUGGAACAACAGCUGGACCAGGACAGCCAUCAGGAACAACAGCUGGAGCUGGACAACCAUCAGGAACAACAGUUGGAGCUGGACAACCAUCAGGAACAACAGUUGGAGCUGGACAACCAUCAGGAACAACAGUUGGAGCUGGACAACCAUCAGGAACAACAGUUGGAGCUGGACAACCAUCAGGAACAACAGUUGGAGCUGGACAACCAUCAGGAACAACAGCUGGUGCUGGACAACCAUCAGGAACAACAGUUGGAGCUGGACAACCAUCAGGAACAACAGUUGGAGCUGGACAACCAUCAGGAACAACAGCUGGAGCUGGACAACCAUCAGGAACAACAGUUGGAGCUGGACAACCAUCAGGAACAACAGCUGGAGCUGGACAACCAUCAGGAACAACAGCUGGUGCUGGACAACCAUCAGGAACAACAGCUGGAGCUGGACAACCAUCAGGAACAACAGCUGGAGCUGGACAACCAUCAGGAACAACUGUUGGAGCUGGACAACCAUCAGGAACAACUGUUGGUGCUGGACAACCAUCAGGAACAACUGUUGGUGCUGGACAACCAUCAGGAACAACAGCUGGUGCUGGACAACCAUCAGGAACAACAGUUGGAGCUGGACAACCAUCAGGAACAACAGUUGGAGCUGGACAACCAUCAGGAACAACAGCUGGAGCUGGACAACCAUCAGGAACAACAGCUGGUGCUGGACAACCAUCAGGAACAACAGCUGGAGCUGGACAACCAUCAGGAACAACAGCUGGAGCUGGACAACCAUCAGGAACAACAGCUGGAGCUGGACAACCAUCAGGAACAACAGCUGGUGCUGGACAACCAUCAGGAACAACUGUUGGUGCUGGACAACCAUCAGGAACAACAGCUGGUGCUGGACAACCAUCAGGAACAACUGUUGGAGCUGGACAACCAUCAGGAACAACUGUUGGUGCUGGACAACCAUCAGGAACAACAGCUGGAGCUGGACAACCAUCAGGAACAACAGCUGGAGCUGGACAACCAUCAGGAACAACUGUUGGUGCUGGACAACCAUCAGGAACAACUGUUGGUGCUGGACAACCAUCAGGAACAACUGUUGGUGCUGGACAACCAUCAGGAACAACUGUUGGAGCUGGACAACCAUCAGGAACAACUGUUGGUGCUGGACAACCAUCAGGAACAACUGUUGGUGCUGGACAACCAUCAGGAACAACAGUUGGUGCUGGACAACCAUCAGGAACAACAGUUGGAGCUGGACAACCAUCAGGAACAACAGCUGGAGCUGGACAACCAUCAGGAACAACUGUUGGAGCUGGACAACCAUCAGGAACAACUGUUGGUGCUGGACAACCAUCAGGAACAACUGUUGGUGCUGGACAACCAUCAGGAACAACAGCUGGAGCUGGACAGCCUUCUGUACCUGGGCCCUGCCAGGAGUGUUACUGUGGCCCAAAAAUGGACCCAAUAUCCAAGCUGCAGAUCAUUCACUGCACACCGAUUGUUUGCAACAGAAGCUGUUCUGAAGGUUUUGAAUACCAGGAGGUACCUGACCAGUGUUGUGGGAAGUGCGUCCAGAAGAGCUGUUUCCUUGUUGCACCUGACAACACAACUCAUAUAGUGGAGAUCAACCAAACUUUUAGUCUUCCUGACAACAAGUGUGUACAGUUUGCCUGUGAGAAUAUCAAUGGACAGCUUGUUACUAAGGAGAUCAAGACUGUUUGUCCUACCUUUAACCCCUCGGACUGUGAACCUGGCACAGAGACAAUUGACGCUAAUGGAUGCUGCAGAACCUGCAAGCUGCGCAGCGUCUGUGAAAUCCUCAGUAAGCAGGAGGUCAUCAAGGUGAACGAGUGUAAGAGCCCAAGGCCGGUCAACAUGACGUACUGUGCUGGACACUGUGGAAGCAUGUCCAUGUAUUCUGCUGCAGCUAACACAAUGAUGCAUCAGUGUGAAUGUUGCCAAGAAGCCACCACCAGUGAGGGGCAAGUGGAUCUCGAAUGUACAGAUGGCACUAAGAUCCCCCACAAGUACACCAAAGUGGAGAGCUGUCUGUGCAACAGAGCAGAGUGUGUUGGAGGAACAACGAAUGUUCCAAUUAAGCGCCGCAGGAGACGCUGAUCGCUUACUCUCUGCUGACCACCGGACUGACCUUUAAAACAUUAUGCGAGACAUAACCUUUGAACUUCUUUUUCUUGUUAGCUCUCAUUAUUUCAGGCCAAACUGUUUUUGGUCUUACAGCCUACUAUUGUGAUGUAAACUUUCUUCAUUCCACUCAAUAUUAUUAAAAUAAUUAUCUGCAACAUAAA